CAGGACGCACACGUUGAGGAGGAAUCACGGCCCGCGACCACUCUUGCAAACCAGCAACCACAGGUCAACAAUGAUAGCCAACAUAGCUCGGCUACUCCGAAUGCCUUUCACUGCCAAGAGUGCCCCGCCACAUUUCUGAGCCAACGACUACUAAAGUAUGUAUUCCCGAGUACCAAUAAUUCUGCGAGUUGAGCUAAAAUCACAAAGCCGGCAUGUCAAGGAACACACCCGCCCAUGCAAGUGCACUGUGGCGGACUGCAACGAGAGCUUCGCUUGGCAGACAGGCCUUGCACGUCACAUGAGAGAUAAGCACAGCACUAGAAGGUGGUAUUGCACACAUCCAGAUUGCAGUUCGUACAAGCUGGGAAGGGAUGGCACGGCUCGGAAGGAAAAUCUUGACAGGCACAUACGAAAACGGCAUGGAGGGCAAGUCCCUUGAAUGUAUUGUACCAUACAAGUAGCUGGUAAUAUUCGUCAAUUGAGCUAUGAUUGUUGACGCAG